AUGGCACCGACGCAGCUCAGCAUUGUGCUGGAGCGCCUGCUCAACGAAUUCGGGAUAGCCGACCUCAGUACGCUCGAGGCCAUGCUCAAGCACGAUACAGGCGCAGUGCUCGACGCGAUCCGAAGCACCGCUGCAGCGCCGCAGAGGGGAGAGGCUGGUGCGGCGGUUCAUGCCAGCUCGGCCACGAGCAAUGUUGUUGUGUCCCCAGGCAGCACUGCUACCGCUGGCGUAAUCUCUGGUCAGCACAACGGCAGCAUCUCCCGCACUCUCGCCAAAAUCGUCGACAUCGCGUCGGCACUCUCGACGGCGCGCCUGGGCUCGCAGAGGCGGCCUGGGCGGUGCAGGGCGCCUCCAGCCGGGACGAGCGGCGCCAGCUGGUAG